AUGCCCCUGAACCUGAAGGAAACCCCUGCAGAGCGGGCCGAACGUGCCUACCGUAAAGAUCAGCGGGCAAAACGAAAGCGGCCCGGGAUCUCGUGGGCUUCAGAGCGACCAAGGAAACGCACGUCCAAAGCGGAGGGUGUGCAUGUUUCUCCUGAGGGAGGGACGGUGCGGGAUGUAGAAGAUGAUGCGGGAUUCAGGAGGAAGAAGUUUGAUGAACUGGCGUAUGAUGCUGGGCAGGACUCGGCUCAGGCUGCGUAUGCCAGACACGUCCCUUCGCGUUGGGGUCGGUCUGGCGCACCGGCAGAGAUGGAGGAAGAGGAGUAUGCGGAGUGGGUGAGGAGGGGCAUGUGGAGACGCACGCAUAUGCAGGAGGUGGAGGAGGCUGAGGCUGCUGCUAGGCAGAGGGAGGAGAGGGAGAAAGAGCGGCGGGCGUUUAGGGAGAGGGAGAAAAGGGAAGCGAGGGAGAGGGAGAGGAGGAGGGAAGUAAGGAGACGGGAGAAGGAGUUGAAGGGCAAGCUGGACGCUUGGGAGGCGUAUGAGCGUGGGUGGGGGAGGAUGGCUGAGCUGGAGAGGGUGAGGUGGGAGGACGUACCUUGGCCGGUGUUUGAGCAUCCUUCUGCUCCUGAAGAGCUCACUGGGGAACGAAUGCGGGAAUUUUUAUUCUCUGAUGCACAUUCUUCUGGAAAGGGAAAGAAGGAGAGGGUAAGAGAGGCACUGUUGAGAUGGCAUCCGGACAAGUUCGAAGGGAGGUGGAUGGGAAGAGUUAGAGAAGGAGAGAGGGAGAUGGUAAGAGAGGGAAUGGGGAGAGUAGUCAGGUUCUUGGGAGAGCUGGGGAAGGAAAAGGACAGUUGA